UUAUUAAUUCAAUUAGUAUUAAUAGUUAACUAUAUAGUUUCAAAAUGGGAUCGAAGGCAUUUUUGUUAAUUGUUUUGGCUAUUUUUCUUGUGAUAAACUCAGAGGUUGCAGCUAGGAAGUUGGCUCAGAGCUCCAUCACUUCCCUCGAAAAGGAACAAACAAAUGAAGAAAACUAUAAUGCCAAAUUUCUAGGAGUAGCGCUUCCACCAAUAGGAGGAGUACUUUCAGAAAUUGGAGCACCUAUUGGAAUUGAAGGACAUAUCGAUACCAGAGGAAUGUUUGAUAACAAAGGGCUUUCAGAAAUUGGAGCACCUAUCGGAUUCGAAUAUGAAUUAGUCGAGCCAUAAACGAAUAUUGAACCCAAGAUAGAAAAAUAAAAAAUAAUAUGAAUAAAUAUAUCAUAAAUCUCCAUUCAUUUAUUAUGGAUGUGUGGAUGGUUAUCAUGUCUCUUUUUAUAAUAAAUAAUCUCAGAGGGAUUAGGGAUUAUUUGAUAGGAUGUAUACGAAUAACGUUGAAUAGGGCAAUGCUUGCAUUAAUAAUGUUGGUAUAGUUAUGUAACAGUUAUUUCUUGUGCAUUGUUUAAGUUGAUGUAUUAAAAAUAACAUGCACUA